AUGUUGGCAUAUGGUUUGCCAGCAGAUGCCACUGAUGAAUAUGUCAAAAUUGGAGAGUCAAUUGCAAUUGAGAGCAUGAAGAGAUUUUGUCGAGCUGUCGUAGAGGUUUUUGGCGAUCAGUAUUUGAGAUCAACAACAACUAACGGUGUUGCAAGUUUUCUGUACAUCGAUGAACAACGUGGUCGUAGUGGAUCCCCAACAAUUAUUCUUGAAGCAGUAGCUGAUUACGACCUUUGGAUAUGGCAUGCAUAUUUUGGUAUGCCCGGCACCAACAAUGACAUUAAUGUUUUAGAAUCAUCACAUUUAUUCUCCAAUCUCGCUAAUGGUAUUGCUCCUCCAGCGCGUUAUGUUAUUCAAGGAAAAGAAUAUGACAUCGGUUAUUAUUUAGCUGACGGUAUAUAUCCAAAAUGGUCUAUUAUUGUGGAAACUAUUCGGGAGCCACGUUCAUCAAAGAAGAGAUAUUUUGCAAUGAAACAAGAAUCAUGUCGAAAAGAUAUUGAACGUGCAUUCGGAGUUUUGCAAUCUUGUUUUGCAAUUGUUGCAGGUCCGUCACGUUUUUUGGAGAAAAGAGGUGCUACGUGA